AGGGUGGUCGCGUCAGUGCGCCCGCGGGACGUGGUGGGGGAGUGUGCCUGCGCAUGCGUGAGGGUGGGCUCUGCCUGCGUGGAGAGCCCCGUGACUUUGGAAUUUGGCUUGGCAUCCAGCUCCGUAACAAGUGCCGUGAACGUCGUCACCUUUGUCUUUGUCCUCAAUGGCCUCAGUAUCUAGAGUUCAAGAAGUUACAAGAAGUGCAGAUUUGAGGUCCUGGGUGAAGGUUCCAAAUACGAAUUUGUCUCCUAAUCUUCUAAUUUUCAAAGAACCUGUGGGUUCUCGUGAGGUUAAAGAUCUGGAAGUCCAGAAACAAAGUCUCAUCCCGAAGAGAAACUUUGGGACAUUUGAUCCCUCCCCAGAGUCUCAGAAUGAAGACACAGCCCCAGAGUGUUUACCAGGGGGGCCCUGCUCUUAACUGACCGCCGGCCUGCCAGACUUUGUGAGACCACUCAGAGAAGAUCUGCUUCUAGUCACGCCAUAGGAUCUGCACCACUUAACCUACCUCUGUGGAGAGAUUCUCAGAACGAGAGGCUCAGGGAAGCCACAGUUCCUCCAAAGGGUCAGCAGCACCAGUCCAGUGACAGAGACCCCAAGAAGGGAGCAUCCCCUGCAAGGAUUCCUCCCCCGGUCCCCAGCUUGGGUGGGUGAAGCCACCCACUGCUCCGGCAGUGGGAACCAGUUGUAUCUGCACACGUCUCUGUGCUUUUGUAAGAACAGCAGAAAAUGAACAAAUCGCAGGGGUCACUGUCAUUCGGAGAUGUGACUGUGGACUUCGCCCAGGAGGAGUGGCAGCACCUGGCUCCUGCUAAGAGGACCCUGUACAGGGACGUGAUGCUGGAGAACUACCACAACUUUGUCUCAGUGGGGUUUCUCAUUAACAAGCCAGAGGUGAUCUUCAAAUUGGAGGAAGAGGAAGAGCCAUGGAUAGUAGAGGAAGAAUUUAUGUACCAGAACUACCCUGAAGAUGACAAAGCUCAUUACCUAACAGAGAGAAUCCAGGAAAACCAAGAGAAAUACAUGCCACAAGUUGCAUUUAAGAACAAAACACUGACCUCAGAAAAAGUUUAUGCUUUAAGAAAAUCUUCUGAUAUGAGUACAAACUGUGUCCUUUCAAGAAAAAUGCCCUGUAACUACAAUUUACAUGGAGUGAGUUUGAAAAAUAUUUUAAUAUCAAUUGGUAGUAAUAGAAGUUCUUCAAGAAAAAAGCAUGACAUUUUAAAUGUAUAUGAGAAAUUACUUUAUAUUAAGCAGGAAAAACUUCAUACUCGAUAGAUUUCUAAUGAAAAUAAUCAAAAUGAGAAAGCCUUUGGUCAUAAGAACAGUAUUAUUCAGCAUCGAAAUACUCAGACUUCAGAGGAGACCUUAAAAUAUAAUGAUGAUGGGAAAUCCUUAGAAGAAAAGACCGUAAUAAUUCCAAACAGGCGAAAUGACACAGGAAAUAAACUCUGUGAACAUAAGGAACACGGUGGGGAAACCUGUGAGAAAUUAUCUCUCUUGAAAUGCCAUGAGGUUUACAUGG